UGUUAAUAGAUCUAUUACGGUCAGAUAAAAUGAUAACAAAUCCGUUUGUUGGGCGACUUAUUGCAUUGUAUGUUAAAAUUAAAGACGCCUGUUAAUUCCAUAAAGGCAAAGUGCUCGUCUGUAACUGGUAAAAGAUCUCUUACUAUCAGUUAUCGUACGGUAGACUUAAAUUUUAGUAAUAUUUUCUUGUAUCGGAUUACAACUUCUUUUAACGAUGGAUCGACGUGGAUCUUUAACCUCAAUUCUGACCAUAUUUGUGUUCCUGUCUAUUUCUACAACUGGAAUUUCGAAAGCAGACACUGCCGAUAAUGUUAUGAGAUGUCAGAACUCAAAUGUGAAGCUGAAAUGUCUAAAUAAGUCCUUCAUACUUGUUAUCACUUCUGUGUUUUAUGGCCGAACACAGCCAGGUUCCAUUAUUUGCCCCAGUCCUCCUGGAUCACAUCUUUCUGACGAAAUCGUUUGCAACAGACAGCAGAACGAUGUUUCUGAUGAAGUGAAACAAAUGUGUAAUGAAAAGAAUAGCUGUAAUUUCACAGUAAGAAAGCAAACAUUUGGAAAAGAUGGCUGCCCUUUUAUAUUCAAGUAUAUUAUUAUUGAAUAUAAGUGUGUAAACAGCCAAAAAUUCAAAAGACAUGAGGCCAUAAAACAUCCAGUCAUACCCACGUCAUCCGUAGUCAAGACAACAAGCUCAGUUGCUUUAAGCACCCCAGUUAUGACCAGCAGUUCAAUUACACCAACCGUUGUCAUCCAACCAUCCUCUACUUCAGUGCUUGGAGUUGAAACAAUCAACACUGUUGACCAAUCAGAUGUACCUCGUUCCAGUUCUCGUAGUAGCACGCGGCUGCACAUUGUAAGUAUGACUACAAUUAGUCAUACUCAGCCGUUUCCUGUUUCUACCAUUAGCAAUUUGAAUUUGAAUACCACAAAAUCUUCAUUUCCUUCAAUUACACGCGAUAAUAGCGAAGAAAAGAGACGACUUAACGGAGAGCGUGGUACAAUGAAACUGUUUCGUUUUCUUCUCACUUUUUAUGUUAUACGGGAAGAGCACAUCCACAAACGUACAGCUAAUUCUGUGCUUUGGUUUUCAUUUGGUAUACUGGUUGGCCUCUUUAUAACAAUUGCUGUAAUAGUUUACUAUCGUGUCCAAGAAGGGAAGAGCGUAGAAAAGAAGAGACUUUGUAAAGCUGCUUAUGUUAAGCAAAAAGACUACAAUGACUCCUGUGUUAUAGAAGAAAAAGUUGUUUUAAAUCCACAUAAAAUGGACGCCUUAGAGAUGGAAAGUCAAAUUGGUGAGUCAGUAUGAUCCAAUAGUUCGUACUCAUUGUUCCACCAAAAUGAUCUGGACGCGCGAUGACGACAUAUGUGAGACGUCACGUGACGUCACAACACCGUGCCAUCGAUCUUGUAAGAUGAUGUGAAGAAAAUUAUUUUGAAGUCAACAAGCUUAAAGAAUGAAAGGUUUCUCUACGAAGAUUCUGAUUGUUUUCUUUCAAACUUCCCAUGGUAAAUAAAAUCAAAAAUGCCAUUAUUGACAAGGUGAUUUAGACUAUGUACAUAGCCAUCUUUAAAUUAUGUACUUAGAAUUGACUUAAAGUAUGCAGUAAACACUCUUUGUAUAGAAAUUGUAUGUAUAAUGUGAUUACACAAUUACUAAUGAU